ACUGUGUUACAGGAGGAGGAGAUGAGAACGGGAGAGAGAGAGAGGAUGUACACAGUGUGACAGAGCUGCGGGAGAGAAGAUGAACAUUUCAAAUUGGGGGGGCCAAAAAAAGCAGAAUUCAGCGUGGCUCAUCCGUCUGAGACAAGGACUGGGAGGCAGAAGAUCUGUGUUUGAAUCCCAGCUCGACCAGCUUGACUGCAUUGUCAUGUAACUCGCUCACAGCCAGCCCUAUACAGCACCUGCCUCUGCACAAGAGAGGGCAAGCCUGUAGAUCAGUAACAAUUGUGCUGCAGUAAAUGGCCAGCCUGAGUGGCGUGCAGCCUCCUUGGUGCAGCUUCUUCUUCCUGUAUGAUGGCUCAAAGGUGAAGGGUGAGGGGGAUCUGACCAGAGCUGGAAUCUGUUACUUCUACCCAUCUCAGACGGUUCUCGACCAGCAGGAGGUGCUGUGUGGUCAGAUCGCUGGGGUGGUGCGGUGCAUCUCUGAUCUCUCUCGUUCCCCACCCCGCCUCAUCCGGCUCCACAAGACCAAAUUCGCUAUCCGGCUCGAUGGGGACUUCCUCUGGGCGCUGGGCUGUGUGACGGAAGUCCCUGACGUCAGCUGCUCUCGAUUCCUGGAUCAGCUUGUCGGACUCUUCAGGUUCUAUCGGGGCUCAGUGCGACAGGCAUACCAGAUUGGAUCCCGGGAGGAGCUGUCCAGAGAUUGGGAGCUGUAUCUGGAGCAUCUCCAGCAGGGCAGCACAGAGCUCCACCAGGUCUUCAGCUCCCUGCACACCAUUGACCGCACCAAGGUCGACCCUCUGCUGCUCCUCAAGGCUGCCCUCAUCCUGCAGGCCUGCCAGCGCUGCCCCCUAGUGUUGGCCGGGUGUAUCCUGUACAAGGGCCGUGUGGUCAGCACACAACUUCCCCCUGAGCUCACAGCCAAAGUGCUGGUCCGGAAGACUGAUGCCAGCAGUGAGGAUGUAGCGGCUGUGCGGAAUGGAGACCGGGGCACAGCGGAUCCCCGCCUCCCCCCCAACGUGGGGACUGUCCCCGCGUUCCUGACCCCAGGAGAGGUGGCUGAGUUGAGGCAGCACCCUGUCGACUGGAUGAGCAGGCUCCCUCAUUCACCCCAGCGUGGCACCCGGGAGAGGAGGUUCCGUCUGUCCCGAACGCUCUCCGACAUUCCGGAUGCAGAGAACUGGAGUUCCAGCGCAGCCCCCUCCGAGGGGGCACGGAGCUCCACUCCCCUCUCCAGCUCUCCCUGCACCCCCCUAGCGCAGACACAAGACUCUUGGGAGGGGGUCCCUAACACUCCCAACAGGCUGCUCCCACAGGCUGACAAGGAGGGGGAGAAGGAUCCAAAAAACGGGGACCUGAAUACAGGUGCGGAUAACAGCUCUGACCCAGAGGAGAGGGAGUCUGUGCCCCACUCUGGACCCAGUAUUGAGAACUGUGCCAUCUGGUCCGAACCACCUCUGCAGAGUAACGGGCACAUUAAGUUCACAGCGGGAGCCAACAGCACUCCUCCACCUUCCCAGGAUGCACCAACACCAGGGCAGCAUGACACGAGUGCCCCAACGGAAGAGGGGGAGUGCAGUGCGAGCUGGGACUGGGUCACGGCUCUGGAGGAGGGCAGCCCCCCAGGGGACCCCCUGGCGGAGGUGAAGCUGUACCUGCACAGGGUGAAGGGGCUGGUCCUUUCCCUGCUGGUGGAGCGCUCCUUCCCGGGAGACCAGGAGGCAGUGGAGGCCGUGUAUCACAGCAGCCUGGCCUCUCUGAACGGUCUGGAGGUGCACCUGAGGGAGAUGCUGUCUGAAGAGCCUCCUGCCUCGAGGGGAGCCUACAGCUUCACACACUAUGACUGCAUCCAGAACACCCUCACCACCAACGUGUCCUCGAGCAGCGGGGGUCCCCAAGAACGCAGCUUCAUCCGCGCCACCUCCGUCCUGCACUCGGACUUCACAAGCUGCCCGUCCCUGCACGAGGGCAUCGCCCGGUAAGG